GUGUACCUUCUGCAAACUCAUGCUUUCGCUUUCCCCUCUGACGAGUAUUAAGCCUUCAAUCCGCGACAUGACGCAAAGUGCACAGAACUCGCUCAACUCUGGCGGUAUGAAGGAGACUCGCGAAGUCGCCCAAGACGAGUUUUCCAGGCUCAACCUUACCGAGAUGGGGGGAUCACUCGGUGUUACAUGCUUCGCAACUCUAGGAGGUUUUCUUUUCGGCUAUGAUCAGGAGGUCGUCAGCAAUGUGCUUGCGAUCGAGUCUUUUGGUGCUGCGUUCCCAAAAAUCUACAUGGAUAGCAACCUCAAAGUCGAUUGGGUUGCUGCAUGGUUUGGCUCUUUACUAAAUGGUCCUAUCUGUGACAAGAUUGGACGGAAACGCAAUAUCACGGGGAACAUCGUUAUAUUCUUGAUUGGUGGUGCCCUUCAAACAGGAGCAACUGCGGAGAGACAUUUUUUCAUUGGUCGAGCCAUUGCUGGUCUUGCUGUCGGCGCAUUGACACAUGUUGUUCCCAUGUACCUGGCUGAAAUCUCGAGCGCAAAUAUCCGGGGAGCUCUCGUUGCCCUCCAGCAGCUCUCCAUUACACUUGGGGUGGACUGGAUUGCAUAUGGCACAUCACAUAUUGGUGGUACACGCUGUGCACCGGGGGUUCAAUACACAGGACCGCUCUUAAACGGCAGUCCCACAUUUGAUCCAUAUACCGAUGUUCCUGGGGGUGGCUGCACGAGCCAGAAGCAGGCGUCGUGGAGAGUCCCCAUCGGCAUCCAGUUGUUCCCUGCCCUGUUACUCGGUAUAGGCAUGGCGUUCAUGCCUUAUUCUCCUCGUUGGUUGAUGGAACGUGGGCGUGAUGACGAGGCUCUGCAAACUCUUUCUUCCCUCCGCCGAAAACCACUUGGCGAUCUCGCUCUCCGCUAUGAAUUCUUAGAGAUUAAGGCCGAACUUCGCUACUCUCGUGAAAUCACGGCGCUUAAAUACCCCACGCGUCUAAAUUCCAGCGGUUUAUUAACAACUGCAUUGCACUUAUCUCUACGUGGCCCAAAUUCAAGCGUUUGGCCGUUCGGUCUUGGACUCAACCCCAACACGACAUCUCUUCUGGCAACUGGCCUCUAUGGAAUCCUUAAUGCGUGUGAUAAAACCCCUGGCUUUUCUUCUGAUACUCUUGGUACUCUCCCUGCUAUCAUGCUUCUUGAUAGCGUGGGUAGACGGCCACUCCUGAUGUCUGGUGCUCUCGGGUGUUGCGCUGCUUUGCUUAUUGUCGGCUCCCUCAUUGCCGCCUUUGGUAACGAUUGGCCGGCACAUCCCUCUGCUGAUCGCGCUGCUAUCGCCUUUGUGUACUUUUACGGUGUGAACUUUGCAUAUUCGUGGGCACCUAUCGGUUGGGUCCUCCUAAGUGAAGUCUUCCCUCUCCAUCUCAGGUCAACGGGUAUCUCCAUUACCACGUCGUGUACAUGGAUGUCUAAUUUCAUUAUUGGUCUGGUCUCCUCGCGGAUGCUCACCCAGAUUGGGCAUGGCGGAACAUACUUUUUCUUUGCUGCAUUCGCUAAUCUGGCAUUCCUUUCUGCACUCUUCUUCUACCCAGAAACUAAUGGGAAGAUGAGUACCUCUCCAUGCCCACUUCUUUGCCACUUUCCCACCACUCUUGAAGAGAUGGAUGCGGCGUUUGGGGAUGUUACGAACGAACAGGAGAAGAAGCAUAUGGAAAGGAUCUGUCGUGAACUUGGCCUUCCAAGCAAGGCCCUUCUUUCAGCUUGAAAACAGCCGUAGAGCGAUGAAGCCGCAAAAGCGGCAUGCCUUAUGUUCACCGACAUCUUCUAAGCCACAUAAUUAUCAGUCCAUUGCCGAGCUAGUCAGAUGGUGUGGAAGGUUCGAUGAAUUCUUUAGGUAAGUCUGAUUAAUAUGGGGAAUACUCAUCUAUGUUUCAGUGAGUGAACGGAAAUUACCAGGCCGGCUGGAUGUCCCGUGAUUUAGAGG